AUGCUAAGAGCGUCCACGCUGGGCCUCUGUGUUGCCUUGUCGACCACGCGUGUUGUCUGGCCAUGUUGUUAUCGGCUUCGUGGAUUCAACAGGUCGAAGCUAGCAUUUCGCAAAUUUUCGAAUUCUCGGACAACGCCAAAUGUCACAUUGUCACCAGCUCCCGAAGAAAAAAGUACCUUCGAACGUUGCCAAAAACCUCUCAACCAUGGGCUAUCUCUCGAAACAGACUGUGCGGAAAGGAAGGAGAUGAAUGUUGGGCUGAUGGUGGAGGUAGCAGAGCUUCCACUCGAACGGUCAACACAAACUAUCGCCGCAGAGGAGUCACAGACGACCCAAGAAAAAAAGCCAGCAUUUCCCAAGAAAGCGGGCUUCCUUUCCAAAAGGGUCAAAGGACUUACCAACAUUCUUCCGUUACGCGUCUACAACACGGUGGCAUUCAGACUUGUGCUCAACAACCUUUCUCAUGCCCUUCUACAUUCAUCGGAAACCGUAGAUGCAGAGAAAUUCGAAUCGGGGUUGCAAUCAGCGGAGACCAAAGCUGCUUUAUCCAACAUAGAAUUUUUCCUCUCAAAACAUCUCGACUCCAUUGGGAAGAGCGAUGUCAUAGAAGAUAUCUGGGGCUCCUACGUAGCCCUUACCAGGUUGCAGGUAGAAAGCCCCAUCGUGCGCGAGCACUUUCCCCAUUUACCAUUCGCCCACCUUCACCGCAUGACUCGCAUAUUUGCGUCCAACAGGCCCAAAACCCGAACCCAGUUCAUCCGCCUCCUUUCUGUGAUGACGAGCAUUCACAGUGCAGGCGGGGAGACCAAGAUCUUCGAAUGGAAUGCGCUCAUCCACCAAGCCGGGAAGGGUUUACGAGUGACUACGGCGGGGGAUUAUGCGAACUCCAUCAGCAUUUUCAAUGACAUGGUGGCGAGGCGUCAGCCUGGCUCGGGUCUUACUGGGGACUACAUGUCACAUACCGGGCAUGAAGGUCCACCAAUGCAGCCCGAUAUCUUUACUUACUCAACACUGCUCAGCAUUGCCGCGAACACCUUGAAUGGAACCGUCAUUCAUCGUGCGGCUUCUCUCUUACGCGCUUCCGGCCUUCCCCCCAAUAGGAUCACGCACCUUGCAUUGCUGAGAUUUUAUACCGAAACCAAGCGGCUAUCUGGGAUCCGCUCAACACUAUUCAAAAUGAAACAGCAACGGCUGGAACUGGGGAUUGAUGGCUUGAACGCUUGCAUGUGGGCUUACAGUCGUAACGACAGGCCUGACAUCGUCCGCGUGAUUUAUCAUAUCCUGCGCUAUAAUGCUGCACCGGAGCUGUAUCUUGAUAACGAAGAUAUCAGCGAGAGCUCUCGGCGACUUCAACUGGACGAGUGUAUCGAGAUCACACCCGACGUGAAACCGGAUGAAAUUACCUUUACGAUCAUGGUCCAGGCUAUGGCGUAUCAUGGCAACUACUUACUGGCAGUGCAAGCUUUCAUGGACAUGCUCUCUAGCGACACAGUCGUUCCAGAUGAAUCAGGUCAACCAAAGUCGAUCACAUACAGCCCAGACCUUCCAGCUUUCCGAGCCCUUUUCCUGGGAUUCUGCAGACACGCUAAAAACCCCGCUGGACGUCUACCCAAGGCACGCUCCCUAUUGGGAUCCAACUAUGUCAAACGUGGGGAUAGAUUUUUUGAUUCGUCACCCUACCUUCCUACCAGCGAAGACGAACCAACUUGGACUCUCGAUAACCUUACGUCAAUUUUUGACAUUUUUCUUUCAUUGCCUGAGACAAUGACACCGAGUGGAGCGACCUUUUAUUGGAUUUUGGCCGCUUUUGACAAGGCUAGCGGACACAAUGUCGAGCUUUUGCGUGAGAUUUGGAUGGCGUUUGAAAAGCGGUUUGAAGGAACAUAUGGGUUAUCUGGAAGGCGUAUGCAGAGAAUCAAGGAAGAGUUGUUUGCGCAACAAGCAUCUGUACGAUCAAGUUCACCACCAUAA